AUGGGUGCUGGCCUUGAGCCCUUGCCGGCAGCACCUCUCCCGGGCUGUGCCACGCUGGGAGCAGCGCCGCUGGCGGUUACCGCCGCACAGGAUGAGUUGCUCCGUAAAUUGGAGCAGAUUGACCUGGCCAAGAGCCUGACGCAGCAGGCCGCCAGGCGAGCGCGGCUGCAGGCAGCUUUGCUGCUGGAGCUGCUGGAACUCCCCGAGCUCGCUCGCGCCCUGGGCCUCGCUGCCGGGCUCCGAGCGGCCCAGCGCUUCGCCAGCGCCGGCCGAAGCCACGGGGCCAGCAUGCGGCAAAUGCUUCCCAGACUUUGUGAAGAGGUGCGUCCUCAAUUCUUCGUCGUGGGCGGGUGUUUGGCAGGGGCUGAGCUCUCAUGCUUGCAGCAUUACGACCCAUGGCAGAAUGCAUGGGACAUCCGACCGCCUAUGCCCACAGAGAGGCGCUGGUGCAGUGGUGCGCAAUGCAUGGGAAAGAUCUACGUGAUCGGUGGGCAGCAAGAAGGUCAUGUGCUGGGGACUGUCGAGCGAUACGAUGUUGAGAUGGGCUUGUGGGAGCCGGUACCAGACAUGCCAACGCCCAGGGAAGCCUGUGGGGUUGCCUCGUGUGGCUCUUGUUUGUAUGUGUUUGGUGGUUGUCAGCACGAGGAGGCCUUGUCGGUUACAGAGCGCUUAAACGUCUCCACUAGCCUUUGGUGGGAGGGCUUGGAGGACAUGCCAUGCAGGCGUGACGCCUGCGCAGCAGCUUCAGUGGCUAAUCGGCUUUUCGUAGUAGGUGGCAGGUGGCGCGAUUUCCUUUCUACUGCCGACAUGUUGCAUGUGCAAUCGAACCGCUGGUCUCCGCUUCCGCCAAUGCCAACGCCGCGCCUGGGUUGCUCAGCAGCGGCUUUUGGCAAGUCAGUCUUUGUUUUCGGUGGCCACGCAGGCAGAGGCAGGGCACUAGCCACUGUCGAGCGCCUGGACAUUGCUGCUUUCGUCUGGGAAAUUAUUGCUGACAUGCCGACGCCGCGACUUGGCUGCGUCAGCCUUUGCCACAACAGACCGGUGGCGAACACACUGAGCAUUUAUGUCUUCGGUGGUCACAAUGGGCACGGAGCCGUAGCUACGGCAGAAUGCCUGGACGUGGCAGACAGUGGAGACGUUCUCGGUUGGAGGGUGCUACCAUUCUUGCCAACUCCAUCCUACGCGUGUGCUGGUGGCGUCUCACUCUGCUAG